AGUCGGACGACGCUGUGGGAAGUGUUGGGAGACAUUAUUUAGCUAACCAGCGACCGGAAGAGAACCUGUCUGGUGGUGUACGGCAGUGGAGGAGUGGCACCACCGCGUCCACUCCUGACGGUGUUGUUUCUGCAUACACUGGCCAGCCGAGUUCAUUCAACCCAUAGUCGAGCCACUUCAGGCUCGGAGGGGUUAUAGCGACCGUUUGACUUGUUUCGUUAAGUCGCCAAAAACUAACCACGAAAACAACUGGAAGUGAAUUGUUUUUUUCCCGAACAGGCCUCUUAAAACGAAUACAGCAUUGAGCGCAUUGCACAACAUCUGGACGGUGCAAAGUAGAGGACUUUGGGAUAUAAACGAGAGCUGGAGAGCUACAGGCCCAAAGAAACUGCACGACGACGGAGGGACUAUUGAAUAAUUCGCGUUUAUUCGAUUUGGCCGGUGAUACUGUUACAACCCCACUGUAAAACAACAGAGGAACUAUAAGAUGCUUCUUCUGGACGUGGAUUUUGAAAAUCGACACACCGGAAGUACAGUGUGUUGUCAUUUCGUGUAGCCUGACGGGGUCACGUCGAUCGGCUCGUCUGUCUGCUCUGUGGUUCCUCGAGCUCAUCGUUGCUUCGUGAUUAUGGAGCUCGCGCAGUGUCACGGAAGAACACGCGCCGCGUUUCUCCGUUUCAGCGCCUCUUUCACACGGGCCCGAGUGGGCAGGUAGCCCGGCGGGUGGUUCAGCGGCAUGCGGUCUGAUGUGGAGUACAGCCCGGUGGGAGAGGGGCUGGGGAUGCGGGACUUCUGGUUGUAUGUGUGGCUGCGGAGGGCGGCGGUGAUAGCGGCUCAUGUCACCGGCCUGGGCCUGACCCUCAUCAUCUCCCUGCUGUCCAGACCCGGAACCAGUCUGUUUUCUUGGCAUCCAGUUUGCAUGUCUGUUGCAUACUGCCUGUGUAUGACUGAAGGCAUCCUCCUCUUCUCAGCUGAGGGAUCCCCCUUUUGUUUCAAAUCUCGGAAGGGUAAAGUCCGCCUCCACUGGCUCUGCCAAGCUCUGGUCCUGAUCGCUGCGGCCACUGGGCUAGGCUUCAUGGUGGCCAGUAAGAAUGUGUCAGAGCGCCCCCACCUGGUCACCUGGCACAGUUGGCUGGGCAUCUGCACCUUGGCCGCCACUGUUCUCCAAGCAGCUUGCGGUAUCUGUGUGAUCUUCCCUAAGCUGCUGCGUCUCUCCUCCUCUCUGCCGAGGCUGAAGCUGUACCACGCCACCUGCGGCCUGGUGGUCUACCUGCUGGCCACCAUCACCGUCGUGUCGGCCAUGUUCUCAGACUGGUUCCAGGCCACGGUGAAAGGGGUGGCCUGGUGGGCCUUCCUCCUGCUGCCCAUCUUCCCUGCCCUGGUGGUGAUGAACCAGAUCACUAAUGCCUACCUGCCCCGCAAGAAGCUCACCAGCUAGGAGGCACGAAGCGUGAGGCUCAUCCACUUCAUUCACUCAGGAGCCAUAUUGGAUUUACAUUGUACUCCAGCACAGAGAAUCAAAUGGACACUAUGUCCUCCGCUAAAGCAGCCUUUGAAGACACAAUAACUAAAGCAAACGGCUUCACAUGCUGGUCAUCCCGUAGACAGUAGAAGAACUUUAAAACACAAGUAUCUGUAGGGAAGUUUUCAAACCUGAAAUUUAGUUUUCAUACUUACCAAGAUCUUUGACAGUUACUGGAGCAAUAAAAUCCUAAUUUGGCAAAGAGGCAACAUCUAGCCAUAUCUGAAAUCAGACAUGCGAAUGUCAAACACAUGAUUUGUACUCACUAAUGAUCAGUUAGUAUUCAAAUUGAUAAUAUGUACCCUCAGAUUAUUUAUUUGUGCACUUAGAUUAUUUAAAUUCUGCACCCAAAUGAAGGCUUGAAGUUAGUGUAGGAGAAGGAACUGAAACUUUGUUGAAUCUAGUGUAAAAACUGGAGCGUCAGCAGCAGGUUAGCAGCUGUGUGUUAGUGUGGAGUUAUCACAUUUAUUCCACUUGAUAAAUUAGAUGAAUGAAAGAAGUAAUUUAAGGGUACAAAAUACAAAUGUAUUAAUUGGAUGGAAUGCUUUACUAGGUUGUGUGCAUUGCAGAUUAAAGAAAAAACACCCACCCACCCACACACACCCCAGAUUCAACACACUUCAGUUGAGUUUUCUUAGAGCUGACAUGUUGUGGCCAGUAGAAGAACUGCAGCAUAAAACCUGCAUCCUUUCUGUCUCAAAGUUGGGACACCUGCUGAAAUAAGAAUUUUUAAACCUAAAACUAAUGACACUGUGCGCAGUACGUGGAUUACUGUGUCUAAUGUGCACAGAGGAAGCGCAGGAGCAGCGUAUGUUUAUCCUGACUAACUACUGGAGGCAGUGUCUUUGUUGGAGCUCAUGGGUCUGAAGCCUCUCGGGAGGAAUAUUUGCACUACACAAGCAGCGAAAGCAGAAGUCAAAGACAGUGUAUGUAGACUGGUUUGUGGAGGGAUGUGCUGUUUGUGUGAGGACAUGGAUGACAACAAACCAGCCUGUACCAGUUUAUUUAUCCAUUCAUCAUGUUUUUGUGCUGUGGCUGUGUGGCUGCUCGUAGGUGCUACAUGAAGCAAUUUACCAUUUAAGAUCCGUCAAUCAACAUUUUUGUGUAUUAACACUGAAUCAGAUGAUGCAGUGUGACGUGAAAGAGGUCGUCCACAGUGAAAACCAGCAGAGAACAAUCACCCAGCUGUUGUGGGAUGAUGGCAGAUGUGCUGCUGGUGCAGAGCUCUGAUAAAGCUGCUGAACACUAGUUGCCCUGCACCAACCAGCACACAGACACCAGACACAGGAGGAGUGUGUGACAGAAAACACACUCAGGACAAGAAGCAAAAAGGUUUAUGACACGAGUGCUUGUUAGAAAGCAUUAGCAUUAGCAUUGGCAUUGUUAGGGAAUGUUUCCUCAAUGAGGCCUCAUUUGAUUAAAAAUGCUAGCACUGAUAAGCUAGCAAUGACACAUGUGAAAAACUACAUGUAGCACCUCUGCGCUAUGUGCUCUUCAUUUUGUCAGUGUGUACAUGUGAACCUGUUCUGCCUUUGAGUGGAUGUUUGGUAGCUGCGCUCUUUCUGUUUUGUUUGCUUUCGUUAUCAAUUGGAAAAACGAACGUGUUCCCACUCGUUACUUUGUCGCACAAAGACAAAGUCAAAAGCUUUCUUCUAGCAAAGAUGUCAGUCAGUUCUUCCAGGAACUGAGACAAAUUCAAUCAAUCCCAUCAUACUUGCAAGGGCUGGAAGUUCCCUCGAGACUGCUCAGAAUCUGCAGACGAGUCAGAUGAGAGGAUGUGAAGAAAUGGCUCCAGUCGCUGCACUUUGCCAUACUGUUAAAAACCCAGUUCAAAUACAUGAAAACAUCCUUACAGGUGAACAUGAGAGGGCUUUGCUUCUUCUAACUUCUAUUCAAAGGCAGAGCAGAUGGUAUUCUCUACUUUAUUGGCCCCAACAAAUACCACCAGUUCAGAUCUUACCAAACUACUCGAAAGUUUCCACAAUCAUUUUCAGCCAUGUGACUAAUCACUGGAUAGUCUCACUUGUCUCAUGGAAGACAGACUGGGAACAAGUUUUACCUGACAUCCUGAAGGCAAAGCAAAUGAAUUCCAAGCAGCUGGCACAAACAGGUUUGUGGAGAUGCAGCUGCAGGUUCUUUCAGGCCGCAAUAAUCAGGACGACACUAAGCGAGACUCUGGGACACGGGGGAAUGUUUUUAAACUGUCCGAGAACCUGAUGCACAAAGACCUAUUGGAUGUACUGUGGUUUAGUCACUAUUAGGUAGCUCAUGCACAUACAAACCAGUCAACAAGAGGCAGUGAAAGAUAAGUCAACAUGUCUUGAUUCUCCAAAAGCACUAAUCACCUGCAGAAUGCACACAAUGCAGGGAAGCUGUGAGAAAGCCAGUCAACAGUCCAGUCACUGAUGGACUGGGUUUGACGUUUUAGCAGUCCUUCAUUAAAAUCAGGCUCUCCUCUGGUAGAAAGACGAUGUCUUGACUGUUCUUACUUGACGCAUUUGUUUGCAUUUUUUGAUUUGGUUUCACUCCAGCUCAGAUGAAAAGCAUGUAAUGAAAUAAAGGUUCAAAAGAGGAAUAUAACAAAUUUGUUAAGUCAGAUUUUUCCUUAUGUGGAACUCAAAAUUACAGAUUUAGUAUGGAUUUUGUAACUUAUCUUAUUUUUUAAAGACAUUAUGUUCUCCUUCAUUAAAAGUACGAAUAUUCCCAACUUGUCAACAAACAUAUUCUUUGUUCUACUUACUACUCAGGACUUUGCUGCAUGAUGCCACUCAGAGUGUGUAUGUGACGAUCAGAAUGUAGGCUGUCGGCAGGCUGCUGCCUGUCAACCUUCUGUAAUAAACAAAUAAAAACA